CUUCCCUGAAAAUAGAAAUUGGAAAUCCCAUGUUUGUUUCUAAGCCUUGGAGUAGGAACCACUCCUGUUUAAAACUUGCCUUGGUGAUGUUACAAAGCUAUCUAUAGAUUUAGCAUUUGCAUUAUUUAUGGAAGUCUUGGGCUCAGCUGUGGAUAAUUUUUUUUUCUGCACAAUAAUAUUAAGCGAGAGUGAGAAUAGUUUUUAUGUCAGGAAAUCUGGGGGGACUCUAGUCUGAGGAAAAUUAGUUAGCCUGAAGUUAAUCAAGUUCUCCAAUUUGUGGCUGUUAGAUUUAGAGAUGAAAGCUUGUAUGAAACUGAGCAACGACUUAAGAUCUGGUCUGAGAAUUAGACUUUUAAAUGGGGAUUUGUUACAGUUCUUGCUUAAAAAGAAAUAAUUAAAAAAAAAAACAAAAAAAGACAUUCUGCAAGAAAAUAAAUGUAGGAAAACUCCUGCACUUGUGUGACAGGUCAUACUCGCCCCACGUCGGUUUCUAGGGUUGAAGCCUCAAGCCCUGUCCUAAGAGAAAAUUAGGGUUUCUUUCCUAAAGAAAAAUUGCGUGUAAGGCUGCAGAUCUUUGUGUCACGUCUCGGGGUUUGGAGGCAACACAAAUUUCAGCUUGCUGUGUAGUGUACCAAUGGGCUCACUAUUUUUCUUUAUUACAUUAUUUUAUUAUUUGAGGAUGAAUCCAAUGCUUGGUUCUGUACACAGCAAUGAGUAAAAGAAAUGUGGUUCUUCCCGGAAAAGGCCAAAGUCCACACUUUCUGUAAGACCUGUAAUCCCUUGGCUUCGCUGGCGGAACGUAACUCAUGUCAAUUAACAAGGCAAGCGGUAUAGGAUUAAUUGUGACUUCCCCUGUCUCCCGGUGACAGUUUUGAGAGCAAAUGACUUAAAUGCGUCCCCCGGCAGGUCGGGGCGCUGGCGGAGGUGGCCCCGUUUCGCGGCACCAGGAAGUGAGGGAAGGUUUCUCCAGCCCAGAGCCAUGGCAGCCGACGAGAGGGACUACAACCUGACGGAGGAGCAGAAGGCCAUCAAAGCCAAAUAUCCACCCCUCACCAAGAAAUAUGAAUAUCUGGAUCACACAGCGGAUGUGCAGCUCCACGCCUGGGGAGACACCUUGGAGGAAGCGUUUGAGCAGUGCGUCAUGGCCAUGUUUGGGUACAUGACUGACACAGAGACGGUGGAACCUGUGGAUACUGUCGAGGUAGAGGCAGAAGGACAUGACAUGUUGUCUCUCCUCUUCCACUUCUUGGAUGAGUGGCUGUAUAAAUUCAGCGCUAAUGAGUUCUUUAUACCCAGGGAGGUGAAAGUGCUUUACAUCGACCGAAUGCAAUUCAAAAUAAGAUCAAUUGGGUGGGGAGAAGAGUUCUCUUUACCCAAACACCCUCAGGGUACAGAGGUCAAAGCCAUAACUUACUCAGCAAUGCAGAUCUGUGAAGACGAAAAGCCCGAAGUCUUCGUCAUCAUUGAUAUUUAAAGCCAGAAGAGUGUGGUCAAGGGGAUACUUGUCAUCAGCCGGCAAAAGUCCCUUGAAAACUGUAAACCCCUGUGGAAGUAACUAAGGAAUUGGCCGAUUCAAGUCAUAAAUUGGGAAGGGAGCAAUUGUGGGGAAUGUCAGCCUGUGUUUUGACUUGAGGGUGGUGAGACAGACACCUACAUGCCAGGAAAAAAGAUCUAGUUGGGUUUGGGAGGGCGUUGAGAAGAGGAGAGACAGAGUUGCAGGGAUUGAAAGUCUCUCAGGAAUGUUAGUAGCCAGUUUUUAAGGCUGAUAAAUUUCUUAGGUGCUAUCUGAACUAAUUAGAGAAACUAGUGGAGCUGCUGGCUAAAAUCUUUUUGCAGAGUGGCAGGAGAUAAUGUUCAUCUACUUGGUAUCAUGUGCAGAUUUAAGCAUUCUAAUUCUGAGGUGAUAUCCCUCCUCCAUGUCAUAUAAAAGGGCCAAAAUAUCUGCAGUGGACUGGAUUUAACAUAUAAAAAAUUCUGGCUGUUCAAAGGACACCUAAGAAAGUAUACCAAUGAAAAAAAAAAAACAAACCACCACACCUUCUAGGCUACUUUAAAAAAAAAAUAAAUCAUGCCAGCAGGUGGUGCUGAAUUGCUGUAAAUAGAUUUCCACGUGCAAUCUAAAGCAUGUGAUCAUGUACAGGGAAUCCUCAUAGCACCGGUUAUCACUAAAAAGCAGGUGGCUUUGUGAGGGAGAGGGGGAUUCACUGGAUUUUCUCCACCUAUGUCUUGCAAAAGCCGAUUCUCUUCUUUUAAACGAGGUGAUAUGAAUCGGCUUCCAUUUCUUCCUUUGGAAAGGACAAAUGCAGACAGUCCUUUAACAGCAAAGGGUUGUGGACUUCAGUUCACUAAAUCAAAAAAAAAAUCAAAAGUGUCUUUUGUUUUAAAUCUCAGGGCAGGAAAUGCUUGUUACCCGCUGUUGGUAUUUACCUGUGAGAGGGCAUGGCGUGAGGGACAGUGGGUGCUGGCCUGCCCUGCGAUUUUUUUUAAUGUAAAUCCUACAAGUGCCUCACCUCUGGAGGUGGCACCUCAUCUUUGCUUUGUUGUAAAGUCAUCUUAAAUAAAUCGGGGUUUUAUUUCCAUGGUGUGGGAUAAAAUCCCUUUUAUUUUUUGAGAAAGUGUCAACACCGAAAUAAAACUCAGACUGAAAGA